UCACCACGUCAUUUGUCAAAAGCAAAUUUUGUACUGCUGUCACACAAACUUUGUCAAUUUUAGCCGUUAUUUGGAUACCUACUUUCACUUCACUUGUAUCAGAUAAAACUCGAAGAAGUAUUUAAAUAAGAAAAUGUUUUACGGAAAGACAUAAGAACUGCUAACGACGUGUUAGCCGACACUAAAUGUAAAUCAUAUUUACAGCCCACGCAAGAAGUUGAAGAUCUACAGGAAAAUUGCUAGAAUUUCCUCUUGCUUACUGAGAGGGCAUGACUUCUCCCAGCAAUGGUAUCUAUAUCAUCCAGGGAGAAAUCUCCCUGGUUGUUACAGCCAUGAGAAGAACUUCCAGAUGGAGUUCUCAUUCUCAACGAGAUGACGACGGCGAUCCACUCUUCAGUAGCUUUUCACAGCUGAAAGAUGUUCUCAAUACCAUUACUGAACUCUGUGAAAUUGAACCUAAUGCAUUUCUUGGACCAUUUCUGGAAGUAAUACGUUCAGAAGAUACCACUGGACCUAUCACCGGACUAGCACUUACCUCUGUCAAUAAGUUCCUGUCUUAUGGACUUGUAGGUCAGUAUCAUCACGUUUCUUUGAGAAUGCAGUCAUAGAUAUUUUCAAAUUCAGACUUUUAUGUUCUGUCCAGUUGAAGAGUAAACCUGCCUUUUAAUGCCAGUACACAUGAAAUCAUUUGAGCCGUGCCA